AUGGGGUUGUUUGGCAAUCUGAAAGUGAAUUUAAAAUAUACCAAAAUCCACUGCUCCACCGGCCAACCGCCGCCGUGGACCACCUCGGCCGUCCGAUCUCAAGAUCCUCCACCGGCGGCUGGACCUCCGCCUUAUUCAUCAUCGCUAGUGGUGGAGUUGGCGGAGAGAUCAGCGUACAACGGUGUAUCGUUGAACCUGAUAACGUACCUCACCGGCGACCUCGGGGAGUCAACCGCGUCGGCAGCAGCGGGGGUCAAUGCGUGGUCCGGCAUGGCUUUGAUGACGCCGCUGCUCGGAGCUUUCGUCGCUGAUUCAUAUCUUGGUCGGUACCGUACCAUCGCCGUCGCGUCUCUGCUCGACUUUCUGGGCCUUGCGAUGCUUACACUAUCUGCCAUUUUGCCAAGCCUCAGCCAACAAUCCCAAGUCAUACUAGUAUACUUCUCCCUAUAUCUGGUGGCAUUUGCUCAAGGUGGUCAUAAGCCUAUUCUUGAAGCAUUUGGUGCUGACCAGUUCGAUGAGAACAAUCCACAAGAGCUCAUAUCGAGGAGUUCUUUCUUCAACUGGUGGUAUUUUGGGAUGAACAUAGGUAUUACAGUCACUAUUGUGGUCUUGACUUAUGUCCAAGAUAACAUCAGCUGGGGACUGGGGUUUGGAAUACCUUGCAUUCUCGUGGUGAUAGCUCUAGUGGUCUUCUUGAUGGGUACAAAAUCUUAUCGGUACUAUCUCUUGGAAGGCGAGUGUCCAUUCACGAGAAUUUGGAGAGGGUGCACCGUUCUUGUUAAAAGAAAUUGCAUAUCAAGAGAAGAAAGAGAAAUUCAACGUCUUCAUGGAGCUGAUGAGUCCAGGAUUGAGGAAAAUGGUGAUGCACAACGAGUAGAAGAAGCGAAGGGUGUGCUGCGACUAUUUCCCAUAUGGGCAACUUGCCUACCUUAUGGUAUCAUCUGCGCCCAAUGCAAUACUUUCUUUACCAAACAAGGAAGCACGAUGGACAGAAGAAUCGGUUCAACUUUCAAUGUCCCACCAGCAGCACUCCAGAGCCUUUUUUGCGGUGCAAUCCUCGCCUUUAUCCCAGUUUAUGAUCGAAUCAUCCUACCAAUAUCGCGAAAGUUCUCCAAAACACCAUCGGGUCUUACUACUCUUCAGAGGAUUGGCAUAGGAUUCAACUUUUCAAUAAUGUCGAUGGUGGUGGCAGCUCUAGUUGAGAUUAAAAGGCUAAAGACUGCACGAGAAUUUGCACUUGUUGAUCGACCAGAUAUCACUAUACCCAUGAGUUUAUGGUGGUUGGUUCCUCAAUAUGUUUUCAUUGGCAUCUCUGAGGUAUUUAUUGUGAUUGGCCAACAAGAGUUUUUCUAUGAUCAGGUUCCAGAUGCACUGAGAAGCCUUGGGCUUGCUCUCUAUCUCAGCAUCUAUGGCAUUGGAAAUUUCAUUAGUAGUUUUCUUGUGUCUGUGAUUGAUGGAGUAACUGAGAGUGCAGGUGAGAGUUGGUUCUCUAAUAACCUGAACCGUGCACAUCUUGACUACUACUAUUGGUUUCUGGCUGUUCUCAAUGCCCUAUCGUUUGUGAUCUACAUGUAUUGUGCUCAUGCUUUUGUCUAUAAGAAGAAAGAUAAUGUUGCAUUGUAAUGCCAAUUUUCUGCUGCUGUGCUUGCGUAAGAUUUUAUGAAAAGUAAAAAGUAUUCAUGUAGCAUAAAAAGAAAUAUUUGUUUGCUGAGUGCUUGGAAUUGCUGGUUGAAUCUUGAUACAAAUUUAACGUGGGACUUGAAGCGCAUUAAA